GCGGAUUAUCAGUUACUCUGCUGACCUUAGUUGGUCAAAAGCUUGGGUUUCGGUAAAUCCAUUAUUCCCAUUAUCUUUUUGAAGUGGAACUGACUCACUUCAACUGACUCAAAUUUGCUUUAGGUUCUUGUUAUUACCGCCAGUAUCUUCAUUAGUCACUAUUACGACAACAGAAAAUGCGACGUAUGAUGGAGCUCCGGCGGAGCUUCUUAUGGGAAAGGGAUUACAAUAUCGCCGUGCAUAAAAGAUGGCUGGUCGAUUCAGCGAUUACCGAUAAGUCCCUGAUCAGAGCCCUGUUCCGCACAGCAUUGAUCGAUACAUGGCCGGGCUUGCUUGUAUCCGCAGUGAGCGUAAUCGUGACUAUUUUUAUCGUACGCUGUUUGAGCGCAAGACAAAGACAAUAUUAUAGUACGACAUCGGUAAACCAAAGUUUAAAAAACGCGGAUUCGCUUCGAACACUGGCCAUGCUCAAAUGGAUUACCAGUAUUUUGACUACCAUGCAGACUCUGAUCUUCAGCUUUUUCAGUCAGGUGGAUAUUAAGCGCCCACGGUUUGCGGGUGCCCAGUUGGCACUGCUGCAGUGGAUCAUCUAUUCUUACUUUGCGAUAUGCUUAAUGAAUGCCUACGUCAGUUCAAGCCUAUUAGGAACAACACUGACCCUCCCUUUCCACAGUCUGGUGGGAUUUGCGCGAUCAGGUUUCGAUCCUCUUGUGGUUGGCACAACAGCAUCUGUCGGCUUAAUGGUAAGGUUACGAAUGCAACUGCGUCGGACCAACGACACAGUCUAG